ACACACAAAAUUCAGUUCCAGCAACUGAUACACAUCGUCCAGCUGCUGUUGAAUAAAUGUAUUUAUGUAUAUAUGGAUUUGUCAUUUGAAUCACUUGUUAGUAAAAAAAAAGAGUGACAAUUACAGAUUGUAAUCGAUUGGUAGUUCAGUGUGUAUGCCAGUCACAAGUCAUGGCAGUAAAAUUAGUUGACAAAUAAAUAUUCCAUUCUCUUAUACAUAAAUACAUAACACACUAUCGCAGUAUUAACAAGCCGACAAUUCUAACACAUUGUCGAUUCGAUACAAUUCGAACACAAUUCUAAGAAUGAUACAAAUAGUACGUAUUAAUCAACACGUCGCUCAUCGCUUAGUAUUACCAGCAAUUACUACAACUUUUCAAAGGUCGUUUUACAACUUUAAACCUCAGGAAACGAAGUACUAUUGUCGAUUGGAAACUUUUGCAUACCAUGAGUCAAAGACUAAGCAAUGAGAAGGGGGCCACGAAGGCAGAGUCGCAAAGUACUACCGUUGGGGAUGAUGGAAAAUCGACACCAUCGUCGUCGUCAACGUCAUCACCAGUCGUGGCAGAUCAGCCUUUAAGCCGACAGGCCAAGCUAAAGCAAGCCGUGAAGGAUUACGGGUCCACGGUCUUGGUAUUUCACAUUUGCAUGUCGCUGUGCUCGCUGGGAAUGUUCUACCUUCUCGUGUCAAGCGGUCUAGACGUCGUGGACCUCCUUUCACGAAUUGGUGUGGGAGAGCAAAUUCUGCAGAGCAAAGUGACCCAAGGGGCGAGCACUUUCGUGGUUGCGUAUGCCGUGCAUAAAAUUUUUGCCCCUGCACGAAUUGGGAUAACGCUGACAGCCACGCCCCUCAUUGUGAAGAAAUUGAGGAGCAUGGGAAUUCUGAAGAAGCCGAUUCAGAAAACCAGCUAGGUUGUUGGGUCCUUGUGAUGAUAACCAACUGCAGACGAACAUACAUAUGUAUUGGAUUAUUUGGAUUGGCUGACCUAGAAAUUUUACUAUUCACACCUGCGACGCAGCUGAGAAAUGCAUACAAAUAUUUGCAUAUGUAUAUUCUACUGUACAGACACACCUACUCGUGAUAUGCAUAAUUGACUAUAUGUAAAAAUACUGCUCAUUGUUCAAAAUAAAAUAAAAUAAAUAAAUAAUGAAUCUAAUUUUGAGUCAUUUUUGUAGAAA